ACAUGUAUAUCCUUGGUCUUAGUAAGCAUCUUAUCAUAUUAUUACCACUUUUUAUAUCAUAUUUAAAUUAAUCCAAUGUGUAUUGUAUAUAUAAGUUGUCAUCUCCCAUUAAAACUCCCAACUUUCCUCAAACACCCAAAAAUAAAAAUAUCUUCUUUUCUUAAACCCUCCUUAAUUCUUGUAUAAUCAUGCUGAAAUCUAUCAAAACUUCCUUGAUUUCGACACGAAAAUCGAUGAAAGCCCUUGUUUACCAACACAAAAUCCUCAAAAAGCUAAUGAAAGUAUGCAAGAGUAAGUCCAAGAACAGGGGAUUUAAUGGGUUUGAUGGUAUGAAAGCAUCAUUUGCAAGCAUGAAAAUGAGUAGACAAUUAGAGUUAGUGUUCAAAUUUAUUGAUGCAAAUGGUGAUGGUAAGAUAUCUCCUCAUGAAUUAAGAGAAUUUCUCUUGUGUUUUGGGCAUGAUAAGUCUAAAGUAGGUGAUGAAGUUGCUACCAUGUUGAAACAUUUGGAUGCUAAUGGUGAUGGUUAUGUUGAUUUAAAUGAGUACAUGAAUGUUUUCAUGAUUAGUGAUCAUCGCGAUCAUGAUCAUGAUGUUGUUGAUGGUGAAGAUGAUGUGUUUGUCGACGAAGAUCAUGAUGAUGAUGGUGGUGGUGGGUUUGAGGAAGAUGAUCUAAUGGAUGCAUUUCUUGUAUUUGAUUGUGAUAAGAAUGGUUUAAUUUCAGCUAAGGAGUUGCAUCAUGUAUUAAAGAGGUUAGGUUUUGCUAAUUGUAGUAUUAAGGAAUGUAAUCUUAUGAUUAAAGGGGUUGAUAAAGAUGGAGAUGGGUUUGUUAAUUUUGAUGAAUUUAGGCUUAUGAUGAUGGGUUAUGCAUGGUAAUUUUUGAUGAUCAAACCAAAAGAGGAUGACUUCUUUUUGUGUUUGUUUUGUGAUGAAGAAAGAAGCUAACUUUUAGUUGCUUUUUUUUUUUUUUUUUUUUUUUUUUUUUUUUUUGGAUAUUGUUAGUUUAUGUAAUUUCUUUGAUCUUGGUUAUUUCAUUUUUUUUCUAGAAAUUUGUAUAAUGUAUGGUAUGAAAUUAUGCAUAUGAUAGGACUGCAUUUGUAUUUUGUGUUGUAGAUAGUCACAGUGGUUUCCUACUGUAAGAAAUAACAAAUAUCUUUGAUUUUUCUUGUAAAAUGUUAUUAGACUUGCUUGUUUUUGGUUGCAUCA